GACAGACGCAUUUGUAAGUGUUUUAUAAAUGCUCCAGGGUACGAGCAGAAACAAUCUGCUAGUGAAACUGAUUGCACUGGGUUAUUACAUCUAAUGAUAAAUAACCAGUAUUUUCAUAGCCACAUUGCAUGCAAUGUCACAGGAACAAACAACCUUUUUUCAAAGGUACGUCAGUAUAGAAAUAAUAUUUUCCACUCAAGCAGCAUGGAAUUAGAAGAAAGUGAGGCCAAUUCAUAUAUUGACGAUAUGAUAGCAGUUUUACAAGAUGGUAAAGAGCUAUUACAACAACCAGAUGCCCAGAUAGCAGUGAAUAAACUUCAAGAUCUGAAGAAGAAGGACUUCAUUGUUACUACUGAAGGUUUUGAAGAUAUUCUGGGGCAAAUCAAGGACGAAAUGUCAAAAGUUUUGAAAUCAACGGAAAAUGCUGCUACUAAAGAAGAAUAUGAGGACCUGAAAAGUAAACUCUCAGAGGGAAAAGUUGAGACUGAAAAACUUGAAAACAAACUUGCAAAUCUGGAGAAACAGAUUUCUGAAGAAAAGAAAGGACAACUAGAGGCUGAGAAAGAACAUGCAGAUUUAAAAAAGAAAUUUACUAUUCUUGAGACAAUAAUGGAAGAGCAAAAACAGGAGAUAAAAAGACUCAAGGAAGAAGAUUCUCCUCAACAAAAACAGUUAGAAUUUCAAAAGGCUAAAUCAGGUUGUUGUAGUCAAUUGAUAGAACAUUAUCGCAGUGACGUACUUAAAGUAUCAGCAAUACCUUUACAACCAGAUGAGGAAAAUUAUAGCUUCAGUGAUAUUUAUAUAAAACCCACUAUAACAAGCAAGAUAGAAAAGAGCAGAGGGGAGUCUGAGGAAAAAGAAAUAAAGACCAUGUCAGAGAUUUUCACAAAGAACGGGGAACCACAGAAAUUUAUUUAUGUUGUUGGAGAUGCAGGGUCUGGUAAGAGUAGUUUCUGUAAAUAUUUGAUCAACUGUUGGUGUAUGGCACACAGUGAUGGACACAAUGAAGAUGAUGAGUUUGAAGGAGUCAAGGAAAUGAAGAAAUUUGAUUUCAUGUUUUAUAUUUCUCUUAGACAUAACAUAAAGAUCCGAAGUAUCCAAGAAAUGCUUGAAAUGCGAUAUGAUAAGAUAAAAAAAUUUAAGUAAACUUCUGGAAAAUGAUUCUGAAAAGAUAAUUAUUUUG